GAACAGUUUUCAUUAGUAACACAGGUUACAAUGAGGUGGAGACCGGGCAACAGCAAGUAACUUAGUAAAAUAUCUAACGGCGAGGUGUACUAAAAGGACAGCGUUAACAAAUAUUUAGCUAUCUAGCUAACUUUACAACGGAAGGUCCAACUUCAGCAAAAAGAAUGGAUAUAAGCUAAGGAUGACUGGAGAGAAAAAGAAGAAAAAGCGGCUGAACCGCAGCAUUCUUCUGGCUAAGAAAAUUAUUAUUAAAGAUGGUGGCAGUCCGCAGGGAAUUGGUGAGCCAAGUGUCUACCAUGCUGUGGUGGUCAUCUUCCUCGAGUUCUUCGCGUGGGGAUUGCUCACAACUCCCAUGCUUACGGUGCUACAUCAGACGUUUCCCCAUCACACAUUCCUGAUGAAUGGCCUUAUUCAUGGUGUUAAGGGCCUCUUGUCAUUCCUGAGUGCUCCUCUGAUAGGCGCUCUCUCGGACGUCUGGGGCCGAAAGUCCUUCCUCCUGCUCACCGUCUUCUUCACCUGUGCCCCCAUCCCCCUCAUGAAGAUCAGUCCCUGGUGGUACUUUGCUGUAAUCUCCAUGUCUGGAGUGUUUGCUGUCACAUUCUCAGUCAUCUUUGCUUAUGUGGCAGACAUCACACAAGAACAUGAGCGAAGCACUGCGUACGGCCUGGUGUCGGCCACGUUCGCAGCAAGCCUGGUCACGAGCCCGGCAAUCGGCGCAUACAUGUCGCAGGCCUAUGGGGACACACUGGUGGUGAUCCUGGCCACAGCCAUCGCCCUGCUGGACAUCUGCUUCAUCCUGGUGGCUGUACCCGAGUCUCUGCCCGAGAAGAUGCGGCCAGCCUCCUGGGGCGCCCCCAUCUCUUGGGAGCAGGCGGACCCCUUCGCCUCUCUGCGUAAGGUUGGCCAGGACUCCACUGUCCUUCUGAUUUGUAUCACAGUCUUCCUGUCCUAUCUGCCUGAGGCUGGCCAAUACUCCAGCUUCUUCCUCUAUCUCCGACAGGUUAUUGGGUUCACUUCUGAGACGGUUGCUGCAUUCAUCGCAGUGGUGGGAAUUCUCUCCAUCUUGGCUCAGACAGUUGUAUUGGGAAUCCUGAUGCGCUCCAUUGGAAACAAGAACACCAUCUUGCUAGGUCUGGGCUUUCAGAUUCUUCAGCUGGCCUGGUAUGGCUUUGGCUCCCAGCCCUGGAUGAUGUGGGCAGCAGGUGCUGUGGCUGCCAUGUCCAGCAUCACCUUUCCAGCCAUCAGUGCAAUAGUGUCUCGUAAUGCAGAUCCCGACCAGCAGGGUGUGGUACAGGGGAUGAUUACAGGGAUCAGGGGCUUGUGUAAUGGCCUGGGUCCUGCCCUCUAUGGGUUUGUCUUCUACCUGUUCCACGUAGAGCUGAAUGAGAUGGAUCCUGUAGAUAGCCCUGAGAAGGGAACCAAACUCAAUAUGGCCAACCCCACUGACGAGAGUGCCAUUAUUCCAGGGCCUCCUUUUCUGUUUGGAGCCUGCUCCGUUCUCCUCUCCCUUCUGGUGGCACUCUUCAUCCCAGAGCACAAUGCGCUUAGUCUGCGUCCCAGCAGCUAUAAGAAGCACACGAGUGGGGCCCAGAGCCAUGUGCACAGCCCCCAGGGAGGGCCCUGUGAGGGCAAGGAGCCACUGCUUGAGGACAGCAGCGUAUAACCCUGCCCAUCCCAGUCUCUCAUACACAUCCAGAGCUCCACCUCCCCAGACCAGCGUGCACAGUGUGGCACCUGCAGGGUCGUGGUAAGGACCAGGCCAGCCGCAUUAAGGGGUCAUGGGUGGGCCAGGGCAGGCCUGCUCCAGCCACUCACAUGUCAACCGUGGCCUAGACGUCCUGUUAAGCAGUUUGCAAGAGGUGUGGACAAUGCUUGUAUUAAGGGACAUGCAAGCUCAAAUACACACUACUGAUGAUAAGUGGUUGAAGGCUAGCUAUCACAACUCUUAGUAUGUUGUGCAUAAUUUCUCCUCUCUCUCUCUCUCUCUCUCUCUCUCUCUCUCUCUCUCUCUCUCUCUCUCUCUCUCUCUCUCUCUCUCUCCCUCUCUUUCUUUUUUUUCUCUUCAUAAGUGAUGUUCUUUGUCUAGAGAGGUUUAGUGAAGUUGGGGGAAGUAAGUGUCAGACGAAAAAACAAAAUUGACCAGUCAUCCCUGAAACUUUUUAUAUACUGAAGGGGAACACAAGCUUAUAUGGAACAAACAAAAUUAAUUGUGAAGAUCAUGGUGUCUUUUCCAGAAUCAUCACUACUCUAUCACACUUGUUAGAAACAUAGUUGUGCAAGACCAUUUUGUUCCAGUGCUACCAAGCAUCUUUGUCUCAUUCAGCAGGUUUCUUGCAUUGUUAGAGGCAUAUCAUCUUCUCUCAUUAUAUGAAGAUGAUUGUGUCAAGUGUUUUUUGAUGUAAGAAAAGUUGCCUUUAGAUUACUCAAAUCUCUGAUGGACCCAUAUGACAUCUUCACUCUUGAGUGGGUUUGCUUGUGGGUUAGUUUAUAUUGCUCCUAUCGGAGCCAGUGUGCAUUGGAAUCUUGGUUCUGUCAUUCAGCUCAUUUCCACUCUGUGACAGGCUAGCAAAGCUUUUCAUUUGGACUGCAGGCCUGUCGACUGUAGCUCUGGCCUUCUCCUUAGCACCAAUGUUGAUGAUGCGCACGUGUGGCAGGUGUGAGCAAUUCGUUCCCAUGUGCCACUGCUGCGGUCGGAGGAGCUGGGGCACCAUGGUAUGUUUUUCCUAAGCUGGAAGUCUCAUAUAUGGAGUCAAGUAAACCAAUUCAGGAUGUCGCUGUUAGACUUCCAGACUUGUGAGUGAUUUACACAUUUACAGGGUUGUCUCCAC